CCAACCUAGUCUAUUAUAUGUGAACACACAAAGCACACACUGUUUGAGUGUUUUUUUCCCCCACACAGACACCCCAAGUAGGUGAGAGAGAAAGAGAAAGGAAAAGAAAAAAAAACUCAAAAACCCGUUAGAUGUGGUUUUGCAGUAUUUAUCAUAUCUGAUUAAGGUUAAUAUUAGACUCCUUCUUCUACUCCAAUUUCCGGAGGCUCUGGCUGCCAUGUCCAGCCUACCCUUUUAAGCUUUUUCCAAAGCUAAAUUCACCAAAAAAAAAGCUGUACUUCUUUGAAAAGUUUCAAUUUUUCAAACCCACAUUAUAGUGCUUCUCCUGAUACAUUAUCUCAAUUCGUUUCUCAAAUUUUAUCAAAGUACUAGUUCUGUACGAAAAGUUUCUGUUUUUGCUUUCUCCUCCGACGAUCUUUAUUUCUUUCUGUUUUAACUCACAAUCGAUACAGUUCGUUUCAUCUUGUACGUUUAGUUAAAGGGUGGGGUCAGGGUGAAGGAUGUCUUCGCCGGGAGCGUCUCCGGCUCCUACUUCGCCUCCUGGGGGCAAUGCUACCGCGACACCGCCGACGCCGGCGACUACUCCUCCUCCUCCUGCUGCUAGCCCUCCGGCCCCGGCUGUUACUCCGCCUCCUGCUGUUACUCCUCCAGCGCCUGUUACUCCUGCUCCGGCUACUUCUCCUCCAGCCCCCGUCACUCCUCCUCCCGCUUCAUCUCCUCCGUCGCCACCCUCUUCAACUCCGGCAUCUCCGCCGCCGUCUACUACUCCAUCGCCACCUUCGACGACUCCAUCUCCUCCGUCGCCACCUUCCACCACUCCUUCUCCUCCUUCAGGGUCUUCACCAUCGCCGCCGUCGGGUGGGAGAUCUCCACCGGCUCCAAGGGGAGGUAACUCACCACCUUCAUCGAACCCAAGCCCAUCUUCUCCUUCAUCCAAUGGCGGCGGAGGCGGCGGGGGUGUAUCUACUCCGGUGGUAGUUGGCAUUGCCAUUGCUGCAGUUGCCCUCCUGGCAAUUUUGAGUUUGAUAUUCAUUUUCUGUAGAAGGAAGAAGAGAAGAAGCCAUGCGGCUUUUGAUUACUAUGGUCCUCCGCCAACAGGUCCUAAAGUCGACCCUUAUGGUGGCCCGGUGUACCAAUGGCAGCAUAAUGCUCCGCCACCUGAAGACCAUGUUGUUUCAAUGCCUCCAAAACUCAACCCACCUCCUGGAGGGGCAUCAAGGCCUCCACAUUCCCCAUUACGGCCGCCUCCUUCCCAACCUCCACCACCACCACCUCCGGCUUAUAUCAGCAGCAGUGGUGGUUCAGGGUCCAAUUAUUCAGGUUCUGACGCACCACUUCCACCUCCCUCCCCUGGAAUGGCUUAUGGGUUCUCAAAGAGCACAUUCAGCUAUGAAGAACUAUCCAUGGCAACCGACGGCUUCUCUGAUGCCAACCUUCUUGGACAAGGUGGGUUUGGAUAUGUGCAUCGGGGAAUUCUUCCGAAGGACGGUAAAGAGGUUGCUAUUAAACAGCUGAAGGCUGGAAGUGGACAGGGAGAGCGGGAAUUCCAGGCUGAGGUUGAGAUCAUCAGUCGGGUUCACCACAAACAUCUGGUUUCAUUAGUUGGUUAUUGCAUCACCGGGGAGAAAAGACUACUUAUAUACGAAUUUGUUCCCAAUAACACCUUGGAGUUCCAUUUGCACGGUAAGGGAAGGCCCCCAUUGGAUUGGUCCACACGGUUGAAGAUUGCUUUGGGCUCUGCAAAGGGAUUGGCUUAUCUGCAUGAGGAUUGCCAUCCUAAGAUCAUUCAUCGUGAUAUCAAGGCAGCUAAUAUACUUCUUGAUUUCAAUUUUGAGGCAAAGGUUGCUGAUUUUGGUUUAGCAAAGUUCACUUCUGAUGUCAAUACUCAUGUCUCCACUCGAGUGAUGGGAACUUUUGGGUAUCUGGCUCCUGAAUAUGCUGCUUCCGGAAAACUUACUGAUAAGUCGGAUGUUUUCUCCUUUGGAGUUGUGCUUCUAGAGUUGAUUACAGGCCGGCGACCUGUUGAUCCAACUGCCAUGGAUGACAGUUUGGUUGAUUGGGUGAGUCUUUAAUUAAAUGUCACCUGGGAUUUUACCCUUCAAAUAGUGUCUUGAUUUCCAGCUGUAUUCAGUAUCUAUGUAUUCGAUAGAAAAUAACUAACUGAAAUCUUACAAAACAGGCAAGGCCCUUGUUAACAAGAGCUCUAGAUGAAGAAAAUUUUGUUGAUCUUGUUGAUCCACGGUUACAUCAUGAGUACGACAGCAGAGAAAUGGCUCGCAUAGUUGCUUGUGCUGCUGCCUGUGUGCGCCAUUCAGCAAGACGUCGACCUAGAAUGAGCCAGGUACUUGUCUAUCCUUAUUAUUGGCUUAUUACCGGUAGUACAAUUUCAUAGUGGGCAGACUAUGACUUAAUAUUUGUGGUUCUGAUCAAAUAUAAUAAAUGAUCGGUUGAGUUAUAAUUUAAUACCUUGGAAUGGUCCUUGCAAUUUUUCUGAUUGUAAAUUACAGUAUCCCAAUUUCCCUACUGGAACCUAGUCUAUAUAGUGAGUCAUUUAUCCAAAGUGUAAUGUUGUGCAACAUGUUGCCCUGAAUAUUUUACUGAUACCUGAGUAUAAUGUAUACCACAUUCUACUAAGUUCAUGACUUGACUUAAGGUCUUCUGCUUUCAAAGUUCGAGUUUGAUAUUAGGAACUGCAUGUUAAUUCGAGUGUAACAAUAUUCAACAGGUAGUAAGAGCCUUGGAAGGGGAUGUAUCCUUGGCUGAUCUUAAUGAAGGAAUUCGGCCAGGACAUAGCACAGUUUACAGUUCACAUGGAAGCUCGGAUUAUGACACUGCCCAAUAUAAAAAAGACAUGAGCAAUUUCAGAAAGGCGGUAAUGGGCAGCACUGAAUAUGGAACCAGUGAGUACAGUGGAGUUCAAACCAGUGAAUAUGGCCUAAACCCUUCUGGCUCAAGUUCUGAAGCACAAAAUACCCGGGAAAUGGAAAUGGGGAAAAUGAAGAAAGACAGUAGAGGAUACAGCGGUGACUAUUCACCCUGAGAUAGUAACCCUCUCUGCCUUUUGUAUAAAAAUCACUAGCUAAUUCUUUUUUAUUUUUGGUUUUUUCGGCCUAGGUCCGAUGUUUUUAGUACACUGCUUGAGUAACAUACGCAUUUUUCUUUCCCAUUUUUAUUUGGAAAGUUUUUUUUUUCCCCUUGAUUUUUUUUCUUUGAGUUUAACUGUAAGGCAUUCUUUUUGGGAAAAGGGUUGUGAUAAUUGUAUCUAUAUUCUUUCAAUUGUAAAAUUGGUGUCUUUGUUCAGAUCUGUUUAAACUUUAGCUUCAAGUUUGUUGAUAUAGUCUUUCAGCUUUUUCAAAGGUUGGUAGUUUGACCUAAUUAAUAACGGAGAAGGACUAUUGACUGAAUCAUUAGUGCAAGCUGGAUUUAUUUUAAUAAUCCUGAUUAGAAGAGUUGAACCUGCACAUUGGUGACUUUUUCUCCACUAGGCCAAAAAAGACUGGGAAAAAGAAAAUGGGGGGCCUAGUCUUUCCCACAUGCAAAUAGGGAGAGAAUUAUGAUGAUGUUUCCGCAGAGAAGGUAAAUGCCAAAAAGGAUAAUGCAAGCCAGCAAAUCACACUCAUCAUAUGGGGGGUUUUGCACAUGGCCUUUUGCUAAUAUUUCUAAGUGUCUUUUUGUGGCUCCUCAAUCUUAACUUCCUCAGUUGAUGAUGGCUGCUGCAAUAUAUAGUACUGUGUGGUAAAGAUGAUAAAAUUAGUUGAAAGUUGUCGCACAACCCUAC